AGCCAUUCUUAUUAUCAAAAAAAAAAACAGUGACAGCUAGUCUCUUACCGAAUCAUCCACGCUCGUGCAGCGCUCUUGCAGUUGAUGGAAGAGACACGGCUCGAAGCCGACGCCGCCUCCCAAGGCGAUGCUUCAGCCAACAAUAUCACCCAGGAUGACGCACAAAAAUCCCGAGAUUCUUCCACUCAGUGGAAUACCCAUCUAUCGCUGGCCAUAACGCAGUAUCUACUUGAUAAAGUCCCAGAAUUUCGGCGAUUGACUGACCUCCGGCAGAAGGGAUGGAAAAACCGAGAGGGCGAUGAGUUUUUCCAUAGACAGCGCGAAAUUGCCAAUAAUCGAGACGCGAAGACGGCGAAAAUAUUCUACAAAGUGAUGAAGCAGAUCGGGAGGGAGAUGCAACAGUCAACCGGAGUUUUCACACUCCCAGUAACUGGUUCUGAGCAGCCAACGGUACUGGACAUUUGCAUGGCUCCAGGUGGCUACACCAAGACAGCAUUGGACGUCAACCCGCAAGCCCACGUUACAGCAUUCAGCCUGCCCUUCUCCGACGGCGGAUAUAGGGUCCUCCUGCAAAAACACCCCAACAGAACGACCAAAUUCCUCGACAUCACCAUGCUCGCCGCCGACAUGGGAGUCACCGACAUACCCGCCUCGCAUCCGGACUCCGACAAAUUCCUCCCGCGCCAGCUCAGCCCGGCGCAGCUCUUCGACCUCGUCAUCUGCGACGGCAACGUCCGGCGUCAGGCGGUGGCGGCGGCGCUCCCCGCGCACCGGGAGAAGCGGGAGGCCUCUCGGCUGACGGCCGCGCAGCUUGCGCUGGGGCUCGAGCACGUCCGGCCGGGCGGCGCCAUGGUGGUCCUCCUGCACAAGGUGGAGGCCUGGCAGACGGCGUGCCUGCUGCGGCGGUUCGGCGGGUUCGCCCAGGUGAGGCUGUUCAAGCCCGCGGUACACCACGCCAAGCGCUCGUCGUUCUACAUGGUCGCCACCGACAUCCAGAGCCGGCACCCCGAGGCAGUCUUGGCGGUGGAGUCAUGGAAGGGGUGGUGGAAGGCGGCGACGUUUGGGUCGGAUGAGGAGUAUCAGGAGGCGCUUAGAGCUGGAGACCCGGACGUGGAGGAGAUACUUGAAGGGUUCGGGCCGGAGCUUGUGAGGUUGGGGAAGAGUAUAUGGGACAUACAGGUGACGGCGCUGGCGAAGGCGCCCUUUGUGAGAAAUUGUUGAGCCUUCAUUCGGUGGCUUGCUUUGACCGACCUGCAGUCACUAAUCCAGUCAUAUUAGCUUGGCGCUAUAUCUCCUGCAUUUGACCAGUCCAUGUGAUAAUCAUGGCUGUUCUGAAGACUAACUAUUCGCAGUGAUUUGAGGACAAUACAUGGCGCUACUGAAGCCGAGUACGAUACCGUUUAAAGUCAAUUUGAG